AUGGACAAAGAAAAUGUAUACAUGAAUGCUCCUCAGCCAGGAACAAAUUUGCCAGCAGGAUAUCCCCCUCCAUAUCCAUCAGCAGCAUUCCAAGGACCUCCAGGACAUGAAGGCUACCCUGGUCCCCAAUAUGGCUACCAAGCCCCACCAACUGGCUAUCCCGCCCCACCAGCUGGAUUUUCUGGUGUUGGUCCAGCCAACUUUCCUGUCCAGCAUCAGCCAAUGUAUAGUCAGCCAGGUGGACCUGCUGGGAUACCAUGGAUGCCAGCACCACCACCUCCAUUGAACUGUCCACCUGGAUUGGAAUAUUUAAGUCAGAUAGAUCAGAUACUGGUACAUCAGCAAAUUGAACUUUUGGAAGUCCUAACAGGUUUUGAAACCAAUAACAAAUAUGAAAUUAAAAACAGUCUUGGACAGAGGAUUUACUUUGCAGCAGAAGAUACUGAUUGCUGUACCCGAAAUUGUUGUGGGCCUGCUAGACCUUUUGCCAUGAAGAUUCUUGAUAACCUGGGCCGAGAAGUCAUUGUUCUGGAUAGACCAUUAAGAUGUAGCUCCUGUUGUUUUCCCUGCUGCCUUCAGGAGAUUGAAAUCCAAUCUCCUCCUGGUGUUCCAGUAGGUUAUGUUAUUCAGAACUGGCACCCCUGUCUACCAAAGUUUACAAUUCAAAAUGAGAAAAAAGAGGAUGUAUUAAAAAUUGCUGGCCCAUGUGUUGUAUGCAGCUGUUGUGGCGAUGUUAACUUUGAGAUUAAAUCUCUUGAUGAAGAAACUGUGGUUGGCAGAAUUUCAAAACACUGGACUGGAAUUGUGAGAGAGGCAUUUACAGAUGCAGAUAAUUUUGGGAUCCAGUUCCCUUUAGACCUGGAUGUUAAAAUGAAAGCUGUGAUGCUGGGCGCAUGUUUCCUCAUUGACUUCAUGUUUUUUGAAAGCAGUGGAGGCCAGUAGCAGAGAGCAGGGGUGUGGUAG